AUGGAUUCACCGGGCGUUCUUCUCGUCUUCUUUCUCCUCCCGCUGUUAUUGUGCUUCCCUGGUGGAGCACCGGAUCUGGAGGCCGACAGAGCUGCGCUCCUGGCCUUCCAAGCCGCCGUGGGACGGGGGGAGUUGUUGUGGAACGCGUCGGCGACACCGUGCUCGUGGGUGGGCGUGAGAUGCAAUGGUGGCCGCGUCACCCGGAUACGCCUCCCGGCCACCCGUCUCGUGGGCCAGAUCCCCGCCGGAACCCUCGGCAACCUCACCGCCCUCCAGGUGGUCAGCCUCCGCCUCAACGCCCUCUCCGGCCCCCUCCCGCCGGACCUCGCCAGCUGCAAGGAGCUCCGGAUUGUCUACCUCCAGGGGAACCGCUUCUCCGGCGAGAUCCCCGCCGGCCUGUUCUCCCUCGACAAGCUGGUUCUACUCAAUCUCGCCAUCAACAACUUCACCGGCGGGAUCUCCCCUGGUUUCAACAACCUCACCCGCCUCGAGACGCUCCACCUCGAGCACAACCAGCUCUCCGGCGAGAUCCCCGACCUCCACCUCCCGACGCUCGUCCAGUUCAACGUCUCCUUCAACCCGCUCAACGGAUCCAUCCCGGCGGGGCUCCGCCGGAUGUCGUCGGACGCGUUCUUGGGCACCGGUCUCUGCGGGCUUCCGCUGCGCGCGUGUUCCCCCAUGCACGAGAAGAGCAAGCUCUCCGGCGAUGCGAUCGCCGGGAUCGCUAUCGGCGCCGUCGUCGGGUUCUUGAUCGUCGCCGCCCUCCUUGUCAUCCUGUGCCGGAGGGGCAGAGGGAGCAAGAGGACGGCGAAUGUGGAGGCGCCGAGGGAGUCGGAGAGGGCGUUGAGGGGCAGCGGGGCAGUCCAAAACGAGAAUGGGUUGGCUGCGGAGAAGGUGGGUUUGAGUAGGUAUGGGCAGAGCCUGGUGUUCUUGAAGCCGGGGCCGAAGGUGUACGAUCUGGAGGAUUUGCUGGGGGCGUCGGCGGCGGUGUUGGGGAGGGGAACGACGGGGACGACGUACAAAGCAAUGCUGGAGACGGGGAUGGUGGUGGCGGUGAAGAGGCUCAAGGAUGUCAACCUCCCGGAGGAGGAGUUCCGGGAGAAGGUCGAAGCCAUCGGCGCGAUGGACCACCCGAACUUGGUGCCACUGCAUGCAUUUUACCGUAGCAAGGAUGAAAAGCUUCUUGUGUAUGAUUACAUCCCAAUGGGAAGCCUCUCCUCUGUUCUCCAUGGGAACAGAGGAGCCGGUUGGACCCCUCUAGACUGGGAGACAAGAUCUGGCAUUGCCCUUGCUGCAGCCCGAGGCAUCGAAUACAUCCACUCCAUUGGCUCUGAAGUCUCACAUGGCAACAUCAAGUCCUCCAACAUCCUCUUGGGCAACUCAUUCGAGGCCCAUGUCUCCGACUAUAGCCUUGCUAAUCUUGUGAGCCCCUCGGACACACCCAGUCAUGCUGCCUGCUACCGUGCACCAGAGGUCACCGAUGCCCAGAAGGUCUCACAAAAAGCUGAUGUAUACAGUUUUGGUGUGCUCCUACUCGAACUUCUUACAGGAAAGCCUCCCAUGCAGGGUUUCCAUGAUGAGGGGGGCCCUGAUCUGCCAAGGUGGGUUCAAUCAGUUGUCCAAGAGGAAUGGAUUUCAGAGGUGUUUGAUCUUGGGCUUCUAAGGUACCAGAAUGUGGAGGAGGAGAUGGUACAGCUAUUGCAGGUGGGCAUAGAUUGUGCUGCACAGUACCCAGACAAGCGUCCGUCGAUGUCACAGGUGGUGAUCCAGAUUGAGGAGGUCCACAGGUCGAGCCUAGCAUCUAUGGGUAGGAACCAUCAGCAGGAUCACCAUGCAAUUGGUGAUGCUGAUGACCAGUCAUCUAAACUGACCGACUCCAUCGAGGAGUCCUGACUUCGGCAUUUGACUUUUGACUGAAAUAAUCCGCAAGCCUAUCUUACCAAAAUUUAUUCGUGGAUGGGUGGAUGACAUAUCAGUCGGGUAGCUGUUUUUAUCUGGGGGUAAACAGGUGAUUAUGUUCUUUCAUAUUUUUUGUGUUAGAUGGUUUGUGUGGUUCUUUUUGAUGUUUCUUAAUUUGUUAUUUUGUCAAACAAUUUGAGUUUUAGAUGAUUAUUGGAUGAGUAACUUGGCUCGAACCUCUUGAUGUUUCCAUCUUGCCUUCUACCUUGACUCUUUUUUUCCU